GACAAAAAAGCGAUCGCACAACGAGAGAGAGAGAGGGACAAACAUAAACCAAUCUCAGACCGAAAGAGAAAUAAAAGCAUCACAGACAGAACCUAGCGUUUAUCAGCGUCUUCAUCACAUUACGAUUCAGUCUGUCGAGCAAUGAAGAACUAAAGAUCUUCACUGAGCUUGAAAUGAUGGUGUGUGUGUGACCUGUUACAUGUAAAUGGCGUGUAAAGUGCGUGAUCCUGUGCUGUGGUAUCAGAGGAAGAUUGGUGCAUAUGAUCAGCAGAUUUGGGAGAAAUCAGUGGAGCAGCGAGAGAUCAAGGGUCUGAGAAACAAACCAAAGAAGACAGGUCAUGUGAAACCGGACCUGAUCGAUGUGGAUCUGGUCAGAGGGUCGGCUUUUGCCAAGGCCAAGCCCGAGAGCCCGUGGACGUCUCUGACCCGGAAGGGCAUCGUCCGAGUGGUUUUCUUCCCUUUUUUCUUCCGCUGGUGGAUUCAGGUGACGUCCAGAGGAAUCUUUUACCUGCUUCUGUCUCUCUAUCUGCUGCAAGCUCUUGCAGCCGUGCUGUUUAUCAGCAUUUCCAGCGCUCAUGCGAUUCCCACCACCGAAGUGUUCGGUGCCUUCUGGUUAAUGCUGCUGUUAGGAACGGUUCACUGUCAGAUCGUCUCCACACACACACCCAAAACCCCCAGCAGCAGUAACACCAGCAGCGGUGGCGGCAGCGGAAAGAGGCGCAGGAAGUUGAGGAAAUCCGCUCAUUUGGAGGUUCAUAGAGAAGCGGAUGGUUCUAGCACUACUGAUAACGCUCAGGAGGGGGCGCUGCACAGCUCCAUCUCUGCUGGCACCCGCGGCCUCGGCUCUUUCUUCAGAGAUUUCUGGCAUGGUAUCUUUAAAGCGGGUAGGUCUAAAAAGUCCAAGCAGUCCAUCGAUAAGUCGACGGAGACCGACAACGGAUACGUGUCUCUGGACGGACGUUUCACCAGUAAAAGCAGCGAGGAAGGGUUACAGUUUCACCAGCCGCACUGCGACCUGCUGCGUGGAGAAGAGACCUGCUGGAACGUCCAGAACACCAGAAAUCAACCCACACCUGCCAACAAGGAGGCCGAGGUGGUGCGCGGCGCAGAGAACGUGUCCGAUGAAGCGUCCAGUGAAGAAGACCCAGAGAACUAUAGCGCCCUCCGCAGGGGAGCGGAGCACAAGAACAGCGACUGCACGCUACGCAACAGAAAAACACAUCACUACAAAAAACAUUACCCUACUGAGGUACAAACACGCUCGCAGGCACAUGGAACAUACACACACACACUCAUUUAUUUCUCUCGCUUAAUUCAGGAGACAAUGAAAUCAGGAACAAGCUGCAGUUCCCGCUGCUCGAGUUCACGGACGCAGGAAUCGGAGAGCGCGCGGCACGGCUCGGAGACGGAGGAUGUGCUGUGGGAAGAUUUCCUGCACUGCGCCGAGUGCCGCUCAUCCUGCACGAGCGAGACGGACGCCGACGGUUCGGCCGCCUGUUCUUCCUCUAAGAAAGAGUUCAGAGACGACCCGUUUCAUCAGGGUCAUGCGCCGUGGCUUCACAGUUCAAACCCGGGUCUGGAGCGCGUCAGCGCCAUCGUGUGGGAAGGAAACGAGUGUAAGAAAGCCGACAUGUCUGUGCUGGAGAUCAGCGGUAUGAUUAUGAACAGGGUGAAUCUGUACAUGCCCGGGAUCGGCUAUCAGAUAUUGGGCAACCUGGUGUCUGUGGCUCUGGGUUUAACUCCGUUCGCCUUUAGAUUGUUCCAGUAUAAAGACCCGGAGCAGCUUGCGUCCCUGUCGCCCGGCGAGCUCGUGUCCGUCGCUUUCGGCUCCUCGGCCGACAUCCUGGUGGUCGCCAUGGUGACCGUGAGCUUCCUCGUGCGCGUGUGUCUCAUCUGGCUUUUCUUCUUUCUGCUCAGCGUCGCAGAGAGAACGUACAAGCAGCGGCUUCUGUUUGCAAAGCUGUUCGGUCAUUUGACAUCAGCACGAAGAGCCAGAAAAUCUGAAGUCCCUCAUUUCCGUUUGAAGAAGGUUCAGAACAUCAAGAUGUGGCUCUCACUGCGUUCCUACCUGAAGCGGCGUGGUCCUCAGCGUUCGGUGGACGUGAUCAUUUCUUCUGCGUUUCUUCUCACUCUGUCUGUGGUUUUCAUCUGCUGCGCUCAGUUGCUGCACAUGCACGAGACGUUCCUGGAGUUUCAUUAUAACUGGGAGCUGGUGAUCUGGUGCACGUCGCUGUCGCUUUUUCUGCUGCGAUUCGUCACGCUGGGUUCAGAGACCAGCAAGAAGUACAGCAACACCUCCAUCCUACUGACAGAACAGAUUAAUUUGUACUUGAAGAUGGAGAAGAAACCAAAUAAGAAAGAAGAACUAACGCUGGUCAACAAUGUCCUCAAACUGGCCACCAAAUUAUUAAAGGAGUUAGACGCUCCGUUUCGUUUAUACGGUCUCACCAUGAACCCGCUUCUGUACAACAUCACUCAGGUGGUCAUUCUGUCGGCCGUGUCAGGGGUCAUCAGUGACCUGCUGGGCUUCAAUCUAAAGCUGUGGAAGAUCAAAUCGUGAUGGUGAAUCUUCUGGUUUUGGUUUACUGACUUGAUGCUGCACGUGAUGAACACACAGCGGUGCUGUUUCCCCUCAUCAGGGGCGUCCUGACAAUGACCUCUGUUAUCAAAGUGUUGAAAUCGUGCAAUUCAGCUACUUAUUUGAUUUUUUUUAAAUAUCAAGUAUUUGUUUUAGCUGUUACAAUUGUUUUAAGUAUUAUUUCCUUCACUCUGGAUGUGAUGUUCUCAUAGGAAAGAAAAUUCACAUGUUUCAUAUACAGCUGUGAUGUGUAAGAGUCCUGCCGGAUGUUGUGCAUUUGAAUGUGAGUCUCGGCCUAAACUGACAUGCACACAAAGUUGAACGAAAUUUGAACGUUUUAUACACAUGUCAUCUAUGUCUGUUGGAGUCUUCAUCAGUUUUCAGCUUGAAAUGUGAGUUUAUAUUCUCAGCAAUAAUUGUGAGUUUAUACUUCAAAUCGUUUGAAGUACGGUGUCUUUUUGGUAGACACUAUUUUUGUGUGUGUGUGUGUCUGUGAUAGACACUUGCGUGUUCUGUUAGUGUGUGUAUGUGUUUUUUCAGAGCUGCAGUUAUUGUGCACUUUAAAGGAAAAAAGGUUACAUGUUUUAAUGUCAGAAGUGUUUGCUGUUUUAUGUAAUACAGGACUGUCAGCUAAACCACCAAAGGUUAUUUAUUGUUUUUCCAUUUUAGAGAUGAAUGUAUAGACUCUGAUUAUACGUUGGUUUGUAAAAGGGGCUGACAGAUUUGUUUUUGUGAUUAGUGUAAUUAUUUUGUUCUCUGUUAAAGCUUGUUUCAUACAGACACUUGUAUUUCUGUAUUUAUAGAGGAAACAUUAGCUGUUACAUAAAACACUAUUUGGGAAAAACAGAUAGUGUCUUGUUUGUUUUUCUGUUGCGUUUUGACUGAGUUUCUGAUGCUGGUUAUAGAAAAAUGUGAGGAGUUUAAUUUCUUAGUUUUCCACAGCAGUGAAGGUCAAAGCUGAUGUGCUGUUGUCAUGUUUCAACCCGCUGAACAACAAUAAAUUCAUGAAAAACGC